AUGGGCCCACGCCGUCCACCGCUCACCUCUCUGGAGCCGAGUCCGCCCGCACCACCCACUUCAUCCUCUCCCUUCGAGCCAGAACGUCCCAGAGAUACACCUUCGAAGUCAUCCCCAACUAUUACUGAGUCCACUGCAUCUCCGAUUGCGCGUCGCGUCGUAGCCAGAACAUGCAACGCGCUUGCACAGACAUGCUUUCCCCUGCAGCCCAAAUUAGCUCGCUCAACACUCCGGAUUUCCAACCCAGGUGACCCACCGACACUCGCUGCACACUGUCGCAGCGCAGCCUCAAUCACCACAACCUGCUCGACCUCAAUUCACACACGCUCGCAAUUCAACUUGCAGGGACCGAGCGACGACCAAAACGUGGUGACGAAGACUACGUCGAACGGCCUGAGAAUGCAUUCAUCCUUUUCCAACACAAAUCCCACUCGCAGAAGAAUGAGACAGAGGCAGCUAGUGGUGCAGGGGUUGGGACUGUAG